AUGUUGCGGACGAAGAGGCCGAGCACGGGGGAGCCACUGGAGGCGGUGGUGGUGGCUAUGGGCGAGGGCAACGUGCGCGGCGGCCUGGCCGGCUUCGAGGAGCCCACCUUCGCCCAACCCACCGGCCAGCUGCUCGCCGCCCUAGGCUCCACCACCACCUCACCAGGCCACCACGCUGCACCUGCACCUGCUGGCCUUGACCAGCCCUGGAGCCGGUCGUGGCAGGACUGGGACGACGCCGUCGUGGCCGCGGCCGUCGGCGCCAUCAAAACCCAGCGAAGCGGCGGCGGUGGAGGUUGGGAGGUGACGAGGGAGGCGGUGGCGGACGGGCUGUCGCUGACGGAUCGUGCGGUGCUGGUGGCACGGUCGGGUCGCAUCACCCGCCACACGGCCGAGCGCACCUGCCAACUGCUCUUCGAGAGGCGCACGACCGGCCUCGUCGUGGACUGCGGCCACGCCUCGUCUUCCGUCCACUUCGUGUGGGACGGCAUCCCAAUACCGACUAUGUACUCGGAGGCGGGUCGGCAGGUAGAGACAGUGACGCCGGUGGGCGGCGCGGCGCUCACGCGGCACCUGGUGCGGCUUCUCAACCACAAGCAUCCCGAGCUCAACCUCACUGAAGCCGACCGGUUCAGCCAGACGCGUCUGCUGACGUCGCUGCACGAGCGCGAGGGCGAGAGCUAUCUGUCCCUGCUGCCCGCCGAGAUCGUCGCCUGCGUCAACCAGCACGCCCUGCCCCCGACUGCGCCGGCGCAAGUCAAGUACGCGCUGCCGGAUGGGCGCACGCUGGUGGUGGACGAGGAGCAGAUCCAGUGCGCGGAGCCCCUGUUCAGGCCCUCGCUGCUGCUGCUCGACCCCAUCGAGGCCCACGACCACGACCACGACGCGCGGGCGCCGCCGCGGACCACGACAGAACGAAAAGCGAAGCAAAAAGAAGGCCAGGAGCAAGAACAGGAGGAGAAGGGCGGGCUGGGCGCCCUGGCCAAGGCGGCGCGCGACAGUGGGCCGAUGAAGAUGCGCAACGAGAUGAGCGCAAACGUGAUCCUCACCGGCGGCACCUCCAUGUUCCCAGGAAUGGCGGAGAGGCUGGAGCGAGCGUUGACCACCAACGAUGGAGGCGGGCCACCGCACGCGGUCCAAGGGGUGCAGCAGCCGCGCAGAGGCGACCUGGCCUGGGUGGGCGGCUCCAUCCUGGCCUCGCUCUCCACCUUCCAGUCCAUGUGGGUCUCCCGCGACCAUUACCUCGAGCAAGGGUCGAGUGUGGUUCACUUGAAGUGCUGCUGA